CAUGCAAAUCUCUGCACCGGCUGACAUGCACUUUUCGGGGGAGGAGGAACAACCGUGAUUUGCAGACUCAGAACAACGGAGAAGAAAACACUGAUCUAACCAGUGCUGUCUGUGUGCGGCAGAGGGCGACUGUUCGGUUGCUUGGCAACAGGACAACGCGCUGAAAGAUGGCGGAGGAAAAAGAAAGUGAAGAAAACAUUUCAGCUCUUCACAAGAAGAUAACAGACGCCUUUCAGCUGUUUGACUACGAUUCCAACAACACGGUUAACGUCCGGGAGAUUGGCACCAUUAUGUAUUCUCUGGGCUGCUUCCCCUCCCAAGCAGACAUUCGUGAAUUUACAGCCAAGGUGGGAGAGGAUUUCUCAGGAGUUGUACAUCUGGAUAAGUUCCUUCCAGCUAUGACCAAAGUACUGUUGGAGAACAGGUUUCCUCCCAUCCCCAGGAGCAAGCUUUUGCAGGCUUUUAAGGUUCUGGACAAAGACCAGAAGGGUUACCUUAAACCUGAAGAGCUGACAAAGUACAUGAUGGAAAAAGCUGAACCUUUCACCCAAGAGGAGAUGGACGAGAUGCUAACAGCACACACUCAUCAAAAGGACAACGUUAUCCAUUAUGAAAAGUUAAUUGACAAACUCACUGCUGACCAGAACAUGUAGGAAGAGUCUUUGUGUAUCAGCCAAAAAACUGUUAAAUUAUUCCUUUUUUUUUUGUAGCCACUUCAUUAGAUGUUAUAGCGUUCAAACGUUGUGUAAUGCAUAUGAUUGUUUGGAAAUAAUUAAAGCAGU